AACCAAACUCGACCAGCAGGCAGCAUGCUGUCACACAAUUAUUUCUCAGCGCUAAUGUUUUGGCCUCGGCAUUACCACACUGAAGGCAAACAUUUUCCUUCGCAAAACCAAAGUAAGCAGCAAACACUUAAUCCGAGCAAAUCAAUUGAUCGAAUAGCAACAAACUUCCAGCACAACUAAAUGAGUGUCUUAGUACAGCCCAUGCCGAGUAUUUCAAAAAUGGUUUCUGGCAACCACUUAGAAGGAUACCUGUCUUAUUCCCACUUCCCUUGUUUAUUUGCCAUCGAAUUAAAUGGAGCAAAAAUAAGGCACUAAAAGAAAAUCUUUAUACAAUGCUCUUACAUUCAACUCGAAUGGUUGAGGAAGCAAAUAUUCACCCAGAAUUCUCAUAAAGGAUAGCAUUUCUACUCUACCAAACCAGUCAGAACUUUAUCAAGUUACCAUUUGGCGCUAUUGCUUCCAUUCGAUCCAAAUUACUACCAUUCAACUAAAAGACUUGAACCCAGCUCAUGGAACUGGUGGAACCCCCUGACUGGAAAGAAUAAGGAAAGGCAACUACCUUUCCAUCCUCUAACAACAAAACUUGAGAAGAAAUAGCAAAGGCACUUUCCUGCUAAUAAAAAAGCAAAUAAAUUCCUAAUUUCUUUGUUUUGAAUGAUUUACAGCAAACCUUUCCUAAUUCAAGCAAUAAUCGUCCCUAAAAUCGGAUAUUAAAAUCGAGUUAAUGGAUUAGUUCACCAAACCUGGAGCGAGUCGAGUUCAGUAACUUCCAAAAUUAGCGUUUAAGCAAAGCAGGAACAGCCACGAAAAGGGGAGCGAAAACAAUUUGUUUAUAAACAAACUUCCUUAAGAAGAAAGAACCAUAAGAAAGCAGGCCAUUAAUCGCACUAACCCUGGCGCUUGGAGCCGAUCAUCGGGAGCAGAGAGAUUGCUCCAUCCCAUGAACUUGGACGCCCAGCCUGGGAGCGCCAGCAGCGUGAAAGCGAUGCAGCAGAAGAGCAGGAUCUUGAUCUUCGCCGAUCCGGUGGCUGUAACGGCCAGUUGCCGGAAUCUCUGCAAUCCACGGCGGUUCAUCAGCAAGCUGCCUCUCAUCGACGCCAGCGUUUAUCGGCUUCAGCCUUACCAAAUUCGCACGCCGAUCCCCGUAUAGAUCCAAAACGGACACUGAAAGUCAAUGAAACGCCGCGCGGCCGAUCCGGACCGAGCCACCGCGCGACAGAUUCAUCCGUUUCGAACUGAAACGGUAGAGAGCUCCUCGCCGUCGGCAGAGGAGUAGGAAAUCCGAUGAGAAGGCGGCGGAGCCUGGAGCGUCCACGUGGCUCGAUUCACUGUCCGAACGACCGCACGUAACUUGUGAAACUGAAUUGCCGUUGUUCUUCUUCUCCUCUUCCUUCAGCUCGUCUCCUCUUCUUACUACUUCACCUUCACAUUUUUUGUUUCUUUUUCUGUUCCCUUUUUUAUUCUUUACUUUAUUGUUUCUUGGUAUUAUUGGGUUUCUUCACUGCUUUUCCUUAUGGGAGUUCUUUUUAAAUUAUUUUUAGUUUUUUACUAUGAGGUCAUAUUUGUACCAUCUCUUUUUUUGGUAGAAAGAUUGACGCUAGUGCGUGUAAUUCGUUACUGUAAUAAAACGGUCCUGGGAAAUCCCCAUUACAUCAUGAAAGAGCCAGUGUCUAAGACCGACUUCGUACACAUCGAAUGAAUGUGUACCAAAAGAAUAACAGUGACCAACAUUUGCAAGAUAGUCAGCUGCACUAUUCAUUUCUCUAAAAACAUGGUUGAUCUUCACCUCCCACUCGAGGCUCAAAAGUUUGUUGAUAGUUGCUGCAAGUAGUCCGUGUCUGUGAUCAUCAUCAACAGAAUUCUUGAUGAUUGCAAUGGCAGUUUCCGAGUCAAGGUUCAACUCCACCUUCUUAUGCCCCUCAUCCCACGCAAUCUUGAGACCCACUGCAGCCGCUUUCAGUUCAGUGCAAGUAAUCGAACAGGAGCCCAAGUUGCACACAAAUGCUUUACUGCAUCUUCCAAGGUGAUCACGAAGCAGGCCCCCUGCAGCAGCACUGCUCGUGCACGAUACAAAAGUGCGACUUAAUAAUUAUAACUAGUUAUGACAUUAUUUUUAAAUAGUAAUACAAAACAUAAAAUAUAAAAGGUGAGAAAGUCGAUCUACCUUUUUGGGUCGUUUGGAUGCAGGUAUUUUGAGGAAUGGGUUAGGGUGAUUACUUGUUUUUUAGUAAUCACGGUGGCAACCUAUUUAUAUAUCAUUUGAUUAAUUAUUUUCCCUUUUUUUUAAUCUUACGGUCAAGAUUCUUUUAGGAUAAUUUUGGAAAUUAAAAAGUGAUCACACGUGAUUAUUCUAUAUAAUCUACCUAAACCCUAGUUCUAUCCUCCCUCCAGCCAAACCCGUCGUAGCCACCUCCACGUACCACUCCCGUCGCACCGCCGGCAGCAGCCCCGACCAGGGCCACCGCCACCAGCAGCCCCCGACCACCCUCGGUACUCUCUCUCUCUCUCUCUCUCUCUCUCUCUCUCUCUCUCUCUCUCUCUCUCUCUCUCUCUCUCUCUCUCUCUCUCUCUCUCUCUCUCUCUCUCUCCUUCCUGCUGCUCUCUUUCUUUCUCUCUACCAUCACAACAUACAUACCAAAUAGACAUAUUGGUAGUUUUCGUUUAUGGAUUCAAUGUGCAGUGGUAUUGAUUGUUUAUAUUGGUAGUUUUCGUGUAAUCGUAUAGAUUUAUUUCUGCAAUGAUAUUGAUUGUUUAUAUUGGUAGUUUUUGUCUAAUGGUAUAGAUUUAUUUCUACAAUGGUAUUAAUUGUUUAUGGUAUAGAUUGUUUAUAUUGGUAGUUUUCAGGUAAUGGUAUAAAUUUAUUUAUGCAAUGGUAGUUUUCGUGUAAUGGUUAGAUUUAUUUCUGCAAUGAUAUUGAUGUUUUUCAAAGUGGUAGUGUUUGUCUAAUGGAUUGGUACUGAUUUUGUUUUUUUUUUUUCCAGAAAGAUUGAGAAAAAUAUGGAAAGGAAAUCUGGCUGGAGAUUACGGAAGUGAGAGAAAGAGAGAAUUUUAAUUAAUAGAUUUUUGUAACUACCUUAAAUGUAAUUUAUUAAAAAAUUAAUUAAUAUAUUUUAUUUUUCCAUACCCAAUUUACCCUUAGUAACCACGGUGAUUACUACUUUUGUAGUAAUCACUGUAACCUGUCCCGUAUUUUGAUGAGGUAAUUUGGUUGAAAUAACUCAGAAUGAGGUAUUUCAAUCAAAAUAACUCAUUUGGCAAAAAUAAAGUAGAAUGUGGUAUUUUAUCCAUGAGUCAAUUGAUAUAACUCAUUGUGAGUUAUUUGAAAUACCUACCCACCCCCUAGUUAUUUGAUUAUUUCAAAUAUCUCAUCUCCCAACUUCUUUUUCCACUUCAUCUCUUCUUUAAGUGGUGAAAUACCACAAUAUUUGAAUGAUUUAUCCAAACAAGACAAUUACACCAAUUACCACAUUUCAAAAUGAAAUACCAUAUGAAAUGCCAUAUAGCAAAAUAAUGCAUCAUUUGGAUUUGAAAUACCAUAGAACCAAAAUAAUGCAUCCAAACGACCCGUUAAGUGAUCACCUAGAAUGAUGGUUACUAGUAAUUGUCUGGUUUUUAUGAUUGCGUGAUCAUUUUGUUAUUAAAUGACAAAAGAGUUA